AUCAUCAGUUGAAAUAUAUUAUGUCAUAAGCUAUACAUUUCAGGUUUUCGUUAAGGUUUCGCUUUAUUCUCGUCUCUCUUUUAAGGGUAGAAACAUUUGAAACAUUUUGAUGAUAACGAUGUUUAAAACAUGAAUUUGAUCAUGUUAAAUAUUAUACUCUGUGGAUUUAACAAAUAUAUAAUAUAGUUCAGUGUUUGAACAAAUACACGUUCACCUAUAUUAUAGACGUAUAUUAACAGAAAUAACAGAAUGGAGUUAAAGCCCUCAGAAAUAUAUUACUCGCAGGAUUCAAUUAGUAAUGCUUUUCGGCAUACUUACGAACUCAUCGGAGAGACUUUGGAUGAUAUUUGUGAAGACAGAUGCAGUAUUUACUCUAUCCCGACGAUAUCUGUCAUGCGGAAGAAUGGAAGAUGGAUAACUUCAGACAAUCGCCGAUUGUGGGUCUUUCGACAGCUCGAACGCCUUGGAAAAUGUGAUACUGUACCCGUUUACGUCACUGAUCAAAUCCCCCCUGAGAAGAUGACGUCAUUAAAUGGCGGCGACGCAGUACGCGUGCGCGGAAAUCCAGGAGGAAGUUGGCAUCUGAAACCUAAACCGGUUGUAAACCAACGGUAUACAUCAUACCCACGUUAUAGUGUUCAACCGAAGCCUAAACCGGUCGUAUACCCUACUCCCGAAUCUGUCUACACACCAAGACGGGAGACAAAUUAUGGUACUGAAGCAAUGCAUACACAGUAUAGGCCAGUCCAAGAGGAAAAUAGUGAGAGAAGUCUGUGCACGAUUUUAUAAAGUACCGUAUGUGAGACUGGAACAUGUCUGUGAUUAAUUAUUUAUCUUUUAAUUAAAAGUUGGAUGCUGGAUAUUUUAGUUGCCUUUGUUAUAAAACUUUGUUUCUCUAGUCUUUUGGGGUUUUGACUUGAAUCCAUAUAUUAUUUAUAUAUUACCGUCAAACAUAUAAAAAUAUGUUCUUCACCUGUAUUUCACAUUCAAUUAAUUAUAAAAGACGUUAAUUAAUAUCUUCCAGUGUUUCACACAUGAAGUUUGUAUCACUAACUAAGAUGCUAGCUAUUACCAUAUAUUUAAAAUAAGUAUAUGAGUUUUAACAAAUUUUAUCAUAAGCUUUUGUGAACUGGUCAUUUGAAAUGUGAAUAUUAAAUGUCAUUCAAGUACAAUAUACGACAUGUAUUUCGACUGUGCACUCAUAGUAUUGCAUUUACUUGCACAAAUGUCAUAGUGUGAUAUAUUAUGAUUUUUAAAAUUUUUCAUUUAUGCCUAUUUGCAGAUUUCUGUUAAACCUUUAUGUGCAUUAAAGUAUGCUUUAUCA